CCUCAGAGGGGACAUGUACACUGAUCAUCAGGGCACUGAUGAUCAGUCCCCAGCAGUGCCAUCUGUCAGUGUCCAUCAGUGCCAGCUGUCAGUGCUCAUCCAUGCCACCUGCCAGUGCCCAUCAGUGCCACAUCCAUCCACAUUUCAGUGCCUACCAGUGCACAUCAAUGCCCAUCUGAGCUGCAUUUCAGUGUCACCCAUCAGUGCCAGUCAGUGCCACCUAUCAGUGCUGACAAUCAGUGCCAGUCAGUGCUGCCUAUCAGUGCCAGUCAGUGCCACC